AUGACUAAGGACUCAGAACAAAAUGGUCAUAACUCAGACGACAUAUCUUCGAUUCAUGCGAGAAUAGUUAUAUUCGAGCAUCCAUUUGCCUACCAAGUCCUCAAUCCAAAAACGGAACUUUUCUGCUCCUACUGUAUGCGAGCUCCAGUCAAAGGCGAAAAAUUGUUGAAAUGUGCAGCAUGCGACUUCGUUCGGUACUGCAGUAAAGAUUGUCAACGGCUUGCCUGGAAGGUUCACCGACCGGAGUGUCGGCGUCUGCAAGCUGUAUUCCCGAAUCUCCCGCUCACUGAAGUCUUAUUCCUCUCAAAAAUUAUCGACCGAUUGAUUUUCUUGGCUGAAAAUGGAGAUAAAUAUGGGUGGGAGCGUGAGCGAAAGUUUUGGUCGCUUGUAGACCACAAGGAUGAUAUUCGGUAA